ACUAUAUAAGAGCUGAUAUGAGCACGUGUUUGACAGAGAGCUUGGUACUGAACACCUCCACACAUACAGACAAACAACCAGCAGUGUUCAGUACUUGCCAUUGGAUUCCACCGAGGUUAUGGAGGUCUCAAAGCCUAAAGCGAGCAGCAAGGGUGCGACACGUGCCACGGCGCCCGGCACCAGUAGCCAGCCCAAGUUCAAACAGAGGUCAACGCGGCAGUUCAAGAGCAAACCCCCCAAAAAGGGUGUCAUUGGAUUUGGUGAAGAAAUUCCUGGAAUGGAAGGGUUGGGAACUGAUUUUAACGUGAUCUGCCCGUGGGAGGCAUACAGCCACCUGGAGUUACAUGAGCUGGCCCAGUAUGGCAUUAUAUGAGGUCACUUCCUGUUCCCGCAUCCCACUGAAUCAGCAAGCAGUGGAUGAUCAUGACAACAUCCCUCACCUCAAUAUGCCAUUUAAAUAUUCACAUUAGCAAUAUGUCUUCAGUAGAAGUUUUGUUAGUCAUUUAUGGACAAUUUACAACACCAUUUGUAAGUAACUAACUGGAAUUAGUUAAUCUACCUCUUCAAACUAACACUUCCUGUAAAACUAGAUUUCACUUGUCGCCAAUGUUAAUUUCUUUUUCCUCUUUUUUACUUCAUUAUUUUACAUAUUAGUGUUGCCAUAUUGACACAUAAACUGCAUUUUAGGUGGCACUUCUUGCUUUAACUUCCACAUUACUCUGCAAACAUCAAUGUACAAAAUGUAGCAGCAGCUGGAUCAUAUUAAUGACGGAUGUUUUUGUUUUCAUUUUGUCAAGUUGCAAAAUUUGUGUCUUGUACAAAAAUGAGUUUGGUUGCUGUGGGGUCUCAGCAUCUGCCCAUAGCGCGAAUACUGGGAGCAGCUCUCUGUGAGAGCCCGGCCCGGUUUAUUGGCCUUAUAAUGCUGGAGAACCAUAAGAGAAUGGGUCCGAUUCAUUCCCGGCAGCACAGAAAGGUUUUUGACAUCAAAUAAAGCUUGAUUAUUUUCA